CAACCGCUUGAGAGCGAAAGGUGUUCGUCAUGCCUGAGCCCGCGAAGUCCGCCCCGGCCCCGAAGAAGGGCUCCAAGAAGGCCGUGACCAAGGCGCAGAAGAAGGACGGCAAGAAGCGCAAGCGCAGCCGCAAGGAGAGCUACUCGGUGUACGUGUACAAGGUGCUCAAGCAGGUGCACCCCGACACGGGCAUCUCGUCCAAGGCCAUGGGCAUCAUGAACUCGUUCGUGAACGACAUCUUCGAGCGCAUCGCCGGCGAGGCGUCCCGCCUGGCGCACUACAACAAGCGCUCGACCAUCACGUCGCGGGAGAUCCAGACGGCCGUGCGCCUGCUGCUGCCCGGGGAGCUGGCCAAGCACGCCGUGUCCGAGGGCACCAAGGCCGUCACCAAGUACACCAGCUCCAACUAUUAGGUGCAUCACUGUGUCCUUCCUGCAAGGAGUCAAAUUGGACCGUUGUCGAAAGAAGUUAUUUCUGUAUAAGGACAAGACAGUUCAAUGCAUUAUCAUUUGGGCCUGAUUGUGGUUGUUGUAUUUGUCCUUUGUAGUCUAACUGGCGUUGUAUUUUAUCUACGUUUGAAGUUUCUAAAGAUUGAUGGUUUAACACACGUGGUUAUUGGAAACAGUCUUAAGUUAAAUAUUGUAGUCUUGGCCUUUACAUGCUUAGUUCAUUUCCCAUCCUUUGAAAAUUAUUUAGAUGUUGAAUGGCUGUAGUUGUAGACUUCUGUGAAAGUGUAUUUAGAUGAUUGUAUUAAUGAGUAUAAUUUUUAUUUUAAAUUUCUAAGAUUUUGUGGCAGAACAAUAUUUGCUAGGUCAGGCAGGUUUUAUAGGGAAAUCAAAAUAGGUCUGUCUAGUUGAAGGUUGUUGGAGGAAACAUGCACGUGGGGAAGUUUUUUGCAUUUGUAUUUGAGUAAGCGAUUGCAAAACCUGUAGAAAAAGUACAAGUGUGGCCAGUACAAUAUAUAAUUCUUAAGGCAAAUUUGGAACUUGAAUCCAUGCAUUGUUUCAUGCUUUCAUGGGUACCUUACAGGAUACCAGAAACUGUUAAUCCAGUUUUUACUAACUGCAGCUAGUAAGAACUUAUUUCGGUACAAUUCCAGACAGCAGUUAAAAGGAGUUUAAUAGAGAAUGGGUGUGAACAAAAUAAAGCCUGCCCGUUCUGCAAGGCAUCCUACAGUGCUGGAAGGCACAGCUAGAAGCUGGCAGGUAUACAGUAUGGCCUGUCCCUGGCUUGACUACAGAUAGUUGUUGGAUAGAUAAACAGUUUGAUUAUUGUAUGACUGAGACUUAAACCUGAAAUCUUUGUAACUGUUCUCAAGGUGAUUCAAUUAAAAAAAAAAAAGAAAGAAAAAGAAACUGGAGGGACAGAAGGGAACUGUCCCCUUACCCCCACAGUUCUUCUCAACUUGUUAAUCAAAUCAAUAAAUCAGUAGCAAAGAACAGUUUUGGUGGCACAGGGGUGGUGGAAUCCAAAUAUAUUUUAAAGCCAACUGGGCAAAAUGAGAUCUAU